CUAGAACGUCGGAUACGUGUUGCCUCCGGCUGGCUAGUCAAUAUUUUGUGUAGCGUCGCGCCGGAUGCCGAUCACGACGCAGCUGCGCGCGUUACGCCAAUCUCCGCGAAAUCUGUCAUUCGCGAUCGACUCCGCGACCCCCUUUGCACUCGUCUCGACACCUCGUCGAGACGGAAAUCUGGGAUUAACCCUCGCACUCGCGGAGUUUGUCGUGCGAGAAAAGUUCAACGAUGUAUAUUGAGAUGUUUAUGGUUUGUAAGCUGCUGCGUGUAUCCGGUCGAAUUAGAAAAAUUCGCGCGAGGUGCAUUCAGAGAAAAAUUAUUUUUAGUUAAUAUAUUUCUUAAAUCUUCCUUGGAUUGAAGUCACUAAAUUGAUCGGAAUUCUUUAAGACUUCUCACGUACUCCACCUCCUAUACGCUUCACCACAUUCUUCUCUGCACAACCUCGAUACUUUCGUGACAAGUGACUUAACUGCCGCUAAAUCUAAUUCGGAGACACUUAACUGGCUGUGAGAAGUUAGAAGAGGAAGGAAAAAUUGCGAAAACCGUUGGCACACAUUAAUAUACCUUUUCCAGCCAGCUCGAGAAUGUAUACAAUGAGUUCGGCUUCGACCGGUGGUACGGAGGGGUCCAGUCCUGCCUCUAGCCCUGCCUCGGCUGCGAGUCUCACGAUGGCGCCGAAAUACGGUACGGUAGUACCGAACCGUGUUUUCGUAGGCGGCAUCUCGGCUAGCACCAGCGAAGCGGAGCUCGCGCAGCUUUUCUCGGCCUACGGCAAUGUCAAGGCCACGAAAAUCAUCUCGGAUCGCGCCGGCGUGUCAAAGGGCUACGGCUUCGUCACCUUCGAAACGGAGGAAGAAGCCAAGCGACUCCAGCAGGAGGCCGAAUGCAUUAUCCUGAGAGAAAGGAAGCUUAAUAUAGCGCCCGCGAUCAAGAAGCAGCCCUUUUCUAGAUCCUUCGAAGGUAGUACCGGUUCGCCCCCUUCCGUGCCUACAAGUACUUACUAUUAUGCGAACGGUAUGGGUCUCGCUUAUCAGAACGGCAUGGCGUUCUAUAACACAGCAGCUCCCGCUCCAGCUACUUCCAUCGCUCCCCCUACGGAUCCAGGAACGAUUUAUCAAGCUACAGGAGUCUUUGGUCCUCAAGCUGCUACCGGCCAUCAAACAUUCACUCCUGUGAUGUAUCCAUGUCCGGCCCCGUCUCUGUACAUGCCGCAGCAAUAUCAGUAUUCGCCUAUACAGUACGAACCGUACUACGCAGGAGCGACCGCCGCCGGAGCUCCCCAGUAUUUGUACGCCACCACCGGCAGUUCGCCGAGCAAUACGAGCAGCGGUGGCAACAGUUCCGGCAGCAACGGCAAUAACGGCACAGGAGCAACCAGUCCGCCGACGGGUCCGCCACCUCCUCUACCCCCGCCGCAUCCGACACACUAUUACGCCCCUGCUGCACCGCCGCCGCAUCAUCAUCAACCUGUGCAAGCGCCGCCACCGCCUACGCAGGUCGAUCAUCUCUAUUACCCCUUCGGGGCCGGACCGCAUCACGCUCCGCCGCCACAUGCGCCUAUAGGACUCACCGAGCAACAACAGCUGCUGUUGUAUGCCACGGAUGCCGCAUCGUGCCAGCAAACCUCGGCGUCCGACGGCCAGGCUGCUCCGCAGGAGGAUUCACGUUCGACGGCGAACCACUCGGAGCAACCGCACGGUGAAGCGCAACAGGGCGCUUCAGGCUCGCCGGCAACACCUCUGGUGCCCCUAAUGCCCGUGAAAUUCCCCGUGUCCGGUCGUUACCACACUAAUUACCAUCCGAUCGCAUUGCACACGCCGCACGGCGCUCAGAACGAUAGCGAGGACUGCGCCGCCAGUCCGAUGCAUUGUCGCGCUAUCCUCUACCAUCCGACCGUGUACAUUCCGCAUACACACGCGCCGCCGCCGCCGCCGCCGCCGUACACACACCACAACGCAUCCGGCGCUAGUCUACUGCCAACGCCGUAUCCGGCUUCGCCGCAUCAGUCCGCCUACGACACCAACAACACGAAGACGCACGGUCACAACUCCAGAGACUGCGGCGGCAAUAAUAAGUACGGUAACAACUCGCGCGGUCAGAAUCACGGCUACUCGUCGGCACACCAGAACACGCACGCCAAGUCGCAGAACGCGCAGGGCGGCGUGCAGUCACACAAUAACAACAAGUGCGGCGGUAACGCGGCGGAUGGGUCGCACAAGUAUCCGGCGAUAGCGAUGUCAUCGCGACUGCCGGUGCAGUACAAUAGACGGACGACUGGAUCGAACGUGGGCUCGUCGGCGCUCCUCAGAUCCGGCUACGGCUCGGGCCAGGCCGCGCACAGGGUCAAUCACACCGGGGCGUCCAAUUACGGCUCGCAGAAGCCGAGCAGCCACGGCUACGAGCACGCGACGAACGGGCGCGCGAAAAACUGCUGCGAUGAUCAGUACUACGAGAUCGGCGGCGCGCCGGGCAGCAGCAACAAAUCGGGCGGCGGUUACGGCUCGGGUCGUAGAAACUGCCUGUCGAAUAACAACCACUACAGAGGAGGCGCCGCCCGGUUGGACGUGCACGGGGGGAGCGACAGCAACGGCCGGCCUAACAACGACGCUCCUCAGAGCUCCGACAGCGCCGUCGGCGCAACGUCUCCAACCGAGCGGGCAAACGCGGACACGCCGAGCGCUCAGGAGAAGCCGACAAGCCCACCGCCAGCUCCGUACUCACCCAUGACACGGCCUCUUCCAACUCUCUCACCACCCACCCCUCAGGUCCAGUUUUACGCUCCGGCCCAGAAUCGUUAUCAGCCACCCUCCAUGCCCCCGUCCCAACAACAACAGCAGCAGCAGCAGCAGCAGCAGCAGCAGCCCGCCAACGGACAGCGUAGCCGGUAUUCCGUCGGCCAGACGUUAUCGUCCACCAAUCGGAAGCCGUCCGACAAGUACUCGAACGCUGCCGGCUCGCAGACGACGAUGCUGCGGCAGUCCAAGUACAAGGUGAACGGCAUAAUACAAACCGCGUCCACGGGCAAGCUCGCCGACGACGGUCUUGGAGGCGCGGGCGACGGUCCCGGCAGACUGCCGAUUACGCCACCCGGCACACCGCGAACGGGCGGUCAUCCGGCGGCCGGUGAUCAGAAUCAGUUAAGCGACACGUGCCAUCAGAUGCAGACGCUGACUUUGUAGACGCUUCCCACCCAGCUCCCUCUUCUUUUUUUUUCUUCACCCACUUUGUUGUCUUCUUACCGAGAGUAUAUUUAAAUAUAUAUAUAUCUAUAUAUAUAUAUAUAUAUAUAUAUAUAUAUC